AUGGAGCUCCGAAUUUUCGAUGAUAUGAAUCUUUACAUUACGCCGAGCAGAUUGUACAUUCAGCCUGUCGAAUCGGAACAAUACGUUAUCAUCGAACGUCCGGAUGGAGCUACAUCUUUACACACAGCAGAGAGCAAGGAACAACUCCCGAUUCAUGGGUACGAGCUGCGGAAAAUAUGUGGUGUCCUCGGCAUGAUCAGACUGAUCAGUGGUCUGCAUCUUGUGGUGGUAACGCAUCGUAUUUUCGUAGGGUUGAUCGAUAACGAGCCGGUUUGGCAGAUGGCUGGUUCUGAUCUAAUUCCGCUAUCGCCCACUUUGACUCAUUUGAGUGAGGAGCAGAAGGAACAGAACAGCACCUACUUGUCGAUGAUGCGACAGGUGUUGGAGACUCCCUUUUUCUACUUCUCGUACGGGUACGAUCUGACCAAUUCAUUACAGCGCGGCAAAACUAGUGGCGGCGGAGAAAAUGGAAAUUUCUACGCGAAGAGUGACAAACGCUUCGUUUGGAACGAAGGAUUAUUGGAUAAAAUUUUCGUGAUUGAUCUGCAAAGAUAUGUGCUACCGAUUAUCCACGGAUUCGUAUCCAUCAAUGACGUGACGAUUAACGGACAACCGCUCACUUGGAUUUUGAUCUCUCGUCGCUCGAUACAGCAUGCCGGCACACGGCUGUUCUGUCGCGGCAUCAAUAGCAACGGCGAGGUAGCCAACUAUGUGGAGACGGAGCAGAUCCUGAUCUCUAGUCAGGACCGGGUGUCGUUCGUUCAAACGCGUGGCAGCAUUCCGCUGUUUUGGCACCAAACGCCAAACUUGCAGUACAAACCACGACCUCAACUGCUGACUGGUCGGGACCAUUUGAUCGCGUGCUCGCGACAUUUCGACGAGCAAUGCAAACGGUACGGUCCGCAAGUGUUGAUCAACUUGAUCGACCAUAAGGGAGCUGAGGAUGUGUUGGAGAAAGCGUACGAUGCGACCAUCUCUACGCUGGAUAAUCCGAAUCUGACAUACGUGUCGUUCGACUUCCACCAGGAGUGUAAGAAGAUGAGGUACGAUCGGCUCAGCUUGCUUAUUUCGCGCAUUGCCAAAGACCAGGACAACUUCGGCAUGUUCCACGCCAACGAGGACGGGACGGUGCGUUCUCUCCAGAGAGGUGUCUUCCGUACGAACUGCAUCGACUGUCUUGACCGUACGAACGUGGUCCAGAGUUUGAUCGCAAAACGUAGCCUAGAGCAAGCGCUCGAGCUACUUGGUAUUUUUAAAUUUGGUGUAAAACGAAUAGAUCCUUCCUCACAAUUCGAGAGUAUCUUUAAGGCGGUGUGGGCAGAUAACGCCGACCUCAUUUCGGUGCAAUAUUCCGGCACAGGUGCGUUGAAAACCGACUUCACCCGUACCGGCAAGCGUACAUUCAAGGGCUUGUUACGCGACGGUCUGAACUCUCUUACUCGGUACAUAAAGAACAAUUUCAACGACGGAUUCCGCCAGGACAGUAUCGAACUAUUUCUAGGUAGCUAUAGCGUGCGGGAAGGCGAAGGAUUGGCUUUCCCUUCGCCACUGGCCAACACCAAUACCACCGUGGAUUGGCGGAAACGAACGAUUUUGGCCACGGUGCUAUUCGAAAUAGCUAUGUUUUUCGUGGUGAUGCUCUACCCGCAGGAGUACACCUUUAAAACGGGUGUUCUACUGAUGGUAUGGGGCAUGAUGGUUGGCUUGACCAAGCGGUUCUGCGUGAAGCAUCGGAACGACUUUGUUGAUUUGCCAAAGUUGCUGCCAAAAAAGUAACUAGCCGGCGGGGGCCUUUAUCCGUCCAUCUGGAAGCGCACGAUCUGAGCUCUUAUUACACGAUCGUGUGAUGCGAUGUGCAGCCGGGAUGGAACGAAACAAG